AUGGCUCAAGAAACAUUCUACCUACUUCCUCUGAAAGAUGAUGGCUCGCCAGAUGUGCCCGGGGGGUAUAUCUAUCUUCCCCCGCCAGGCAGUCCUAAGUACUCGCUCCGCUUCGUUAUUGAAGGCAGUAGCUCAAUUUGCAGGGACGGAACUCUUUGGGUUAACAUCCCUGAGAGUGCACAGUCCUUCGAUCGUCAGGUAUUUCGGGCUUUCAAGUUAUCGCCAGAUUUCAGCAGAAACAUUCAGAUCGAUGUGCCAGUCACCCGCCCCGGGUCGUUCGAAUUUUAUGUGACCUACUCGCCUCUCCCAGAAUUUAGCAUCUCUCCUGGUCCGGCCCCAAAAUCUACAAGGACACCCACGCAUUAUAUCGAUGUCGCUCCAAAGCUUAGCCUCGGCAGCCAGACCAUACCCCUUAAUGCUCUGUCGAUAUUUUCGGUACAUGCAAAAUUCAUGGGCAAAUACCCUCAAGACUGGAACAAGUACCUUGGUAGCAUCUCUCGGCGGAAGUACAAUAUGGUCCAUUUUACACCAUUGAUGAAGAGAGGGUCAUCGAACUCGCCGUACAGUAUUUUUGAUCAGCUGGAGUUUGACGAAGGCGCAUUCCCGAACGGAGAGGAAGACGUCCAAAAGCUAAUCAAAAGUAUGGAGGAGGAACACUCGCUUCUUUCACUCACUGAUGUUGUUUGGAACCACACUGCCAAUAAUAGCAAAUGGCUAGAGGAGCACCCCGAAGCUGGCUAUAGCGUUGAAACUGCACCUUGGCUUGAGGCAGCUCUCGAUUUGGAUACUGCGUUACUGAAAUUCGGACAGGAUUUACAGAAUUAUGGCUUGCCCACUGAAAUUGCAACGGUUGACGACUUGACGACCGUUAUGAACGGGGUUAAAGAACAUGCCAUUGAAAGCCUUCGUCUAUGGGAGUUCUACGUCGUUGACGUAAAGGCGAACACACGGAAAGUAUUAGAGGAGUGGAAAGCAUCAAAGCCCAUUGAUCUGGGAAGUGGGCGAUGGGCGCAGCUUGGCCUCGAAAACUACGCGAAGUGGCCUCUAGAAGAGCAGACGACAUUCAUCCGCCAGAACGGGAUCCCAACUGUCAAACAAAUCCUCGGGAGAUAUGAUCGAAAUGUCGAUGUCCAGCUGGGCGCGGCCAUUUCUACUGCGUUGUUCGGCCAAUUUGACUCAACAUCGUCGGAUCUCGCUUCCAUUGAAAAUUCCCUUCGCAAACUGCUUGACGUAGUCAACGUGCCAUUUUACGAGGAGUACAAUUCAGAUUUGUCCAUCAUCAUCGACCAACUUUUUAAUCGUAUCAAGUACCUGAGGAUUGAUGAUCACGGGCCCAAACUUGGCCCUGUGACCACAGAGAGCCCUCUGAUAGAGUCGUACUUUACAAGGCUACCUCUAAACGAGGUCACUAAGAAGCACGAUCCAAAGGCGUUGGCACUUGCUAACAAUGGCUGGAUCUGGAACGCAGAUGCUAUGCGUGACAACGCUGGGCCUGACUCACGAGCAUAUCUACGGCGAGAAGUGAUUGUCUGGGGCGACUGCGUCAAACUACGAUAUGGAAACGGCCCCGAUGAUAACCCAUUCCUAUGGGAAUUCAUGACCAAAUACACGCGCUUGAUGGCCAGAUACUUCUCCGGCUUCCGAAUCGAUAAUUGUCAUUCGACCCCUCUCGUCGUCGCAGAAUAUCUGAUUGACGAGGCACGAAAGGUCCGCCCCGACCUUGCAAUCUUUGCCGAACUUUUCACCGGGUCUGAAGAGGCCGAUUAUAUAUUCGUCAAGCGACUUGGUAUCAAUGCACUCAUCCGCGAAGCUAUGCAAGCCUGGAGUACAGAAGAGCUAAGCCGACUGGUUCACCGUCACGGUGGCCGCCCCAUCGGCAGUUUUGAACUGGAUCUACCCUCCCCAGGCCAGGAUUUUUCAAAGUCCCAAUCCAGUGGCAGCGAGACGGGAACAGUUCGCAGUAUCCGUCCGAUCCCUGUUCCUGCACUUUUCAUGGAUUGCACCCAUGACAAUGAAAUGCCAGCCCAGAAGCGCACCGCAACAGAUACACUUCCAAACGCUGCCCUAGUUGCAAUGUGUGACUCGGCAAUUGGGAGUGUUAUGGGGUACGAUGAGAUCUACCCCGAAAUAGUGGAUCUUGUACAUGAAACCCGGUUGUAUUCUUAUUCUGAGCUCCCAGAGUCUCCGACUAUUGAUGAGUUGGUCAAUCUCAAAGGAAUAUCUGGUUUAAAGCGGCUACUCAAUGAACUUCAUACCAAGAUGGGCCAGGAAGGAUAUGCCGAAACAUUCAUUCAUCACGAGGGUGAAUAUAUCACCGUCCAUAGGGUCCAUCCACAAAAUCGGAAAGGCAUAUUUUUGAUUGCGCAUACGGCUUUUCCUGGUCAAAACAGUGGUUCCCUCCUCGCUCCUACCCACCUUGCUGCUACUCAAGUCAAGCCUAUCGGUACAUGGCUUCUUAAUGCCCAGGAAGAAGAUAGCGACAAAGAGCAUGCUCUCGCUGACACAGCUUAUCUUCAAGGAUUACCCAGUCAAGUUCAAAAAAUCGAUGGAACCAGAGUCGACGAGAAAAAUGGCGAUACCACAAUAUCAGUCCUAGACACAUUCAUCCCAGGGUCUAUUGCUCUUUUUGAGACAUCAAUUCCCAUAUUUGAGCGCCCUGAUGAGUUAAGCAAUGACAGAAUCACUGAAGGUGCAGAUGAAGCGUUUUCGGAAUUAAGCCUGAUUGACUUGAACUUUGUGCUCUACCGUUGUGAAGCUGAAGAACGUGAUUCUGGUGGCGGUCAAGAUGGAGUAUAUGAAGUUCCCAACCAUGGUCCAUUGAUAUAUGCUGGUCUUCAGGGCUGGUGGAGUGUUCUUGAAGAUAUCAUCAGGUAUAACAGCCUGGGGCACCCUCUCUGUGAUCAUCUCAGGCAAGGUCAGUGGGCCCUUGACUAUAUUGUCAAUCGGUUGUCAAAUAUGGGAGAGAAUCCGGAGUUUAGUGCUCUACAGCGUCCAGCUAAGUGGUUGGAAUCAAAAUUCCAGGCUGCCCGUGGUUUACCAAGUUUUCUGCUACCUCGCUAUUUUGCCAUCAUUAUCCAGACUGCAUAUGUGGCUGCCUGGAACAGAGGAAUACAACUCCUCGGAGACGAUGUGCGGGGAGGUCAAGUGUUUAUCCAACAGCUAGCCAUGGUGAGUGUGCAGCAGACUGGGUACGUAAAUUCAGCAUCUCUAUGGCCUGUGAAACGAGUCCCAAGUCUUGCAGCUGGUUUGCCACAUUUCGCAACGGACUGGGCUAGAUGCUGGGGUCGAGAUGUUUUUAUCUCCCUCAGAGGCUUGCUUCUAUGCACCGGAAGAUUUGAUGAUGCCAAAGAGCAUAUUCUUGCUUUCGCCAGUGUACUCAAACACGGCAUGAUUCCUAACCUACUUAGCAGCGGUAAGCUACCGCGGUAUAACUCACGCGAUUCCAUAUGGUUUUUGUUGCAGGCCAUCCAAGACUACACGAAGAUGGCACCUAAUGGCCUCGAACUCCUGGACGAGAAGACCCCCAGGCGGUUCCUGCCGUACGACGACACAUGGUUUCCAUUUGACGAUCCCAGGGCGUAUUCGCAGAGCUCAACAGUCGUGGAUGUGAUCCAAGAAGUAUUCCAGCGCCACGCACAGGGACUCUCCUUCCGCGAGUAUAACGCGGGUUCAGAUCUGGAUGUGCAAAUGAAAACUGAAGGCUUUCAAAUUGAUAUCAACGUGGAUUGGGAAACAGGGUUAAUCUUUGGUGGUAGUCAGUUCAACUGCGGGACAUGGCAGGACAAGAUGGGAGAAAGUGAUAAAGCUGGCAACAAGGGAGUACCCGGGACCCCUCGGGAUGGCGCCGCCAUUGAAAUCACUGGGCUUGUCUACAGUGCUUUAACGUGGGUCACAAGCCUUAACGAACAGGGAUUUUACCCAUAUGACAAGGUGGAUAUCGGAAAUGGCAAGUCCAUCACGUUCAAAGACUGGGCCGCUAAAAUCAAAACCAACUUCGAGCAUUGUUAUUACAUUCCAGCGGAUCCAAAGGAAGAUGCUAAAUACGCUGUCGACUCUGGAAUUGUCAAUCGCCGCGGAAUUUACAAAGACCUGUACAGAUCCGGGAAGCCCUACGAAGAUUACCAGCUCCGCUCGAACUUCCCAAUUGCCAUGGUUGUGUCGCCCGAUCUUUUUGAACCAUCGAAAGCGCUGGCAGCACUUGCCCUUGCGGACUCCGUUCUUGUGGGACCCAUGGGUAUGGCCACUCUUGAUCCAUCCGAUCUGAACUAUCGACCAGACUAUAACAACUCGGAAGACUCGACCGACUUCGCGACAUCCAAAGGCAGAAAUUAUCACCAAGGCCCAGAGUGGGUAUGGCAACGCGGGUACUUCCUUCGUGCACUCCUACACUUUGAUCUUGCCCGACGAGAGUCCGCAGAUGAGAGAACAGAGUCAUUUCAACAGGUGACCAGAAGGUUAGAAGGCUGUAAACAGGCGUUGAGGGACAGUCCAUGGAAGGGACUCACGGAGUUGACAAACAGAAAUGGUUAUCAUUGUGCGGAUUCGUCUCCAACCCAAGCAUGGUCCGCUGGUUGCUUGAUCGACCUUUAUUAUGACGCUUCACGAUAUAUUUAG